AUGUCGUCCAACAACACCUCGGCCAGUGUCUCCAUCGAUAAGUUCGAUGGGGACAACUACUCAACCUGGUGUCGCUACAUGCGCGGCGUGUUUCUGACGAAGUCAGUCUGGUACGUCGUGAACCGCGAAACGUCUCCAACCUUCACCGACACGCGAGCUUCCGACGAGUACGUCAAGGCGAGCAACAUCGCGUUCGGGUUGAUGUUGCUCCACAUGGACGCCGACUACCACCAUGUGGUCGACAACUGUGAAGAAGCAUGGACAGCGUGGUCGCGGUUGAAGAUGCUCUAUGGUGGGUCGCAGAAGGCGGGACGCAUCUACCUCAAGCGCCAGCUGUUCAGCAUCAAGAUGGCGGAAGGUGCCAACGUCUUGCACCAUUGCAACGAAGUCUUGAACAUCGGCGCCAAGCUCAGCAGCAUCGGUGCCAAGAUGGAAGACGAAGACAUUGCGAUCUGCUUGCUGCUCAGUCUCCCGAAGAGUUUCGAGAACGUGGUUCUGAACUUGGAGAUGAGCAAUGCAGAGCUGCGCACGCAAGAUGUGGUCAAGGUGCUGACUAACGAGCACAUCAAGCGACAAGGCGAGAAGAUGACAACGGCAACGACAACGGUGAAGACUGAAGAUGCGACAAAGGCAUUCAGUACCGAGCGCAAGCCCUACCAAUGCACAUACUGCGGCAAGGUGGGGCACACGGCAGAGCGUUGCUGGACGAAGCAAAAGGAUGAAAGUCGAGGAGCCCAACGCGGCGGCAAUGGUCGUGGACGCGGGGCAAACAAUGUCCAGUGGCGACAUUAUGAUGAAGGCAACAGCUACGAUCGAGUGGCGUUUGCAGUUUCGUUCGAAUGCGGAGUUUCGACGAACAAGAAUGGACCAGGAAUGUGGGCCGUUGACAGCGGGGCAACACAUCACAUCUGCCACGACAAGUUCAAGUUUGCAAGCUUGGUCGAAGGCAAUGAUGGCGAGAUCCUGGUGGCUGAUGGCAACAAGGCGGCCAUCAAAGGUGUGGGGACCAUCGUGGAAAAGGUGAUUCUGCCAAACGGGGGAAGAGCGCGAGAUCGAGAUCAAGAACGCGCUCUAUGUGCCCAGCAUGAGCAGAAAUCUGCUCUCGGUGCCGCAGACUAA